GAAGCCAAGCCCAGGGCGUUGGCAUUCGUCCCUGCGCGCCCUUACACACGCGCAAGCUGACCUGGUGGCUGCCCAAGGGGCGCACCAGUGCCGUGCGGCAUCGGGGCAGCUUCGCAGCGCGUUUACCAGGCGCCUUGGGGCAGCAGUGCUUGAGCAGACCAGCUGUAUCGGGCAGCAGGUUUUGAUGGCACAACACCAGCCGCCGCGCAUCCACCGCGGCACGGUCUACGGCGCCAAGCAUCAAAAGGGCAUGACGCUCCCGGCCAUCUCGUCUCCAGUCCGAAACCCGACGCCCGAGCAGCGCACGGCCCGCGUCGAACGCGAGAGGACCCCUCAACAGCAUAGCACGUCGCGGGCCGACGCCCUGGCGCAGCUCGUCGUCCGUUUAACGGACGCCGCGCGGUAUAGAAUCGUGCGGAGUGAAUGGAAGGGAGGCGCGUCGCCGCACUUUGAUGGGUUGGCGCCGCGGCUCCAGGUGUGUAUCUUGGGGGACUGGAUCCAGGACGUUGUAUCAAGGUUGCCCGACGCCGCGGCGCCGUCGGACUGCCAGGGCAUCGCGUUCUGGAAGGACGGCGCGUGCCACGCGGUCCUCAAGUUUUUACACACGUUGAUCCACGAGGAAAUACAUGACGGCACAAACGAGUGGCGCCUGACGGCCGUCGCGCUCUACGAGGCUUCGACGAAUGGCGCGCGCGCGCCGAUCAACGCCUCGACGUCGACGGACACAAACGCGUGGCGCGUCUGCAUCGAUUGUGUGUUGACUGAGUUCUUGACGAAUGCGGUCGUGAGAAGGGCUUUAGCGGGCGCGGACGACGCCCAGCGAUCGAUCGAUGCAUGUUCGUCGUCGAACGGCCAUUCGUAUGUGAUUGGCGUCGGUAUUGAGCAAGAUAGAUUAAUUCCGUUGCGGCCGUGGGCCGCGGACGAUUUACGACGAGCCAACGCGUUAAUAGCGUCCCUGGACUACGAGCACUCCGCCGAUGCGGCUUUGUUCGAGGCCGUUAUGUGGAGAAGCCAGGAGGACGAGGCGGAGCGCGUCACUCGCGUAAGAGCGGCGGUGAACUUGAUGAGAGAGGCCGAGGCGUCGGCGCGCCACGCGACGGAGACGGCUUCCAGACUCGUGCAGACGGCCGAGGCGGCCCGACGGGCGCCGGGGCUCUCGAAGAAGGAUUUGCAAAAUAUCUCUUCUCGACUCUCCUUCGCGCGGACGUCGUGCGGCGAGGCCGACGUCCUGUGGCGGGAGCAGUGCCGGCGGCUCUGCGACGGGUUGAGUUUAUUAUUAAGAGCGCACGUGCACCAGCGGCGGACGGGCUGGGUCGGCGCGUUGUUGGCUGGCGGCGCGUCGACGUCGGAAAGGUUGGAAACGUUCAAGGAUUCUUGCGUAUCGCGGCUGCACUGCACGGACGAGACCGUCGCGGCCUUCCCGGAGCUCGAGGACUACGUCUGCGCCGCGCACCCGCUCUGCGCGCCCGCGGGGCCGCUCUGGGAGUACCUCGCUUCCGUCUCUCGAUGAUUUUUUGUUCGCUCGCUCGCUCUUUCGCCUUGUAACGACUCGUUCUCAUA